GUUCUCCUGGCGUCACCAGAGUGCGUGCAGGUGUCACUGAAAGAUCGAAAAAAAAACCCACAAUGUGGUGUAGCAAAUUAAAAGGAUGGGCUUGCGGCUCCGGCCCCGAGGACAGUAUAUUUCGCAGUGAACAGAUGUCCUUGGCGCAGAUGUUCCUGCAGCCGGAGGCGGCCUAUGAGACCAUCGCCCAGCUCGGUGAGAUGGGCUGUGUGCAGUUCCGCGAUAUGAACGAGGGCGUCACCGCGCUGCAGCGCAAGUUCGUCAACGAGGUUCGCCGAUGCGACGAGCUGGAGCGGAAGAUUCGUUAUGCAACGUCUGAACUUACUAAGGAUGGUUAUAAGGUGGUCGAUCUGAUUGAGGACUUUCCGCCAGCACCAAAGCCCAAGGAGAUAAGCGAGCUGGAAAUGCUUUUGGAGAAGACGGAGACGGAGAUCAUCGAACUCUCUGCCAACAAUGUUCGUUUGCGGACCAAUUUUCUCGAGUUGUCCGAAAUGAUUCAGGUGCUUCAGAAAACCGAGCAGUUCUUUUCGGAUCAGGAAUCCCAUAACUUUGAUACCAAUAAGCGUGGCACCCAUAGAGAUCCGGAACAAUGUGACGGUAGCUUGGGAUUUAUCGCCGGCGUCAUUCGCAGAGAGAAAAUGUUCGCCUUUGAGAGGAUGCUGUGGCGCAUCUCGCGGGGAAAUGUCCUGGUCCGAAGCUGCGAUAUGGAGGAACCUAUCAAAGAUCCGCGCACGGGUGAAAUGGUCUAUAAGAGCAUCUUUGUGGUCUUCUUCCAGGGAGAUCAGUUGCAGGGACGUUUGCGUAAAGUAUGCACCGGUUUCCAUGCCUCCAUGUAUCCCUGUCCAAGCUCGCAUCAAGAACGCAUGGAUAUGAUUAAGAGUGUGCAAACACGCCUUGAGGAUCUGCAGGUGAUUAUCAAUCAGACUGAGGAUCACCGUUCCUGUGUGCUGAAGGCCGUCAUGAAGCAGCUGCCCACCUGGACAGCCAUGAUCAAGAAAAUGAAGGCCAUUUACCAUACUCUGAACAUGUUCAACGUGGAUCUGGGCGCCAAGUGUCUGAUUGGUGAGUGCUGGGUUCCAACUCGUGAGCUUGAGGAUGUCGAGACUGUGCUAGCCGAGGCCUCCAUAGCCUUGGGCAGCACCAUUCCCACGAUAUUCAAUAUACUUGAGACGAAGAAAACGCCACCCACAUAUUUCCGGACCAACAAGUUCACAUACGGAUUCCAAGUGUUGAUCGACGCCUACGGAGUUGCCAGCUACCGCGAAGUGAAUCCAGGACUCUAUACAUGCAUAUCCUUCCCCUUUCUCUUUGCCGUUAUGUUUGGUGACAUGGGACACGGUUUUCUCGUCUUCCUGCUCGGCUUAUGGAUGGUCCUCGAUGAAAAGCGUCUCUUGAAAACACGCGCUGGAGAGAUUUGGAAGAUUCUGUUCGGUGGUCGGUACAUUAUAUUGUUGAUGGGUAUGUUUGCUAUGUACACAGGGUUCAUAUACAACGAUUGCUUCUCCAAGUCCUUCAACAUCUUCGGCUCGCACUGGGCUCUGCAGUACAAUCGAACUACAGUCCUUACGAAUCCUGCGCUGCAAUUGAAUCCCACAACGGAUCAACGUGGCACCUAUCCCAUGGGCAUUGAUCCAAUCUGGCAAUCGGCAAGCAAUAAGAUCAUCUUCCUGAACACCUACAAGAUGAAGCUGUCCAUUAUAUUUGGUGUUCUGCACAUGAUCUUUGGCGUCUGUCUUUCCGUUGAGAAUUUUGUGUACUUUAAGAAAUAUGCGUACAUAUUCCUGCAGUUUGUGCCCCAGGUCCUGUUCCUGUUACUCCUCUUCGGCUACAUGGUCUUCAUGAUGUUCUACAAGUGGGUUCAAUACUCAGCCAGUACCACGGACGUUGCGGACUCACCCGGUUGUGCACCGUCUGUUCUCAUUAUGUUUAUCGACAUGAUAUUGAUGAAAACGGAAGUUCCCGCAGCAGGUUGCAUGCCGUCCAUGUUUCCUGUGCAGCGGCAGUUGGAAACAAUUCUAUUUGUUUUGGCCAUUAUUUGCAUACCUUGGAUUCUGCUGGGCAUGCCCCUCUGGAUUACAUGCAAGCGCAAGUAUAGGAAGAACAAGGUUGAACAGAAUUUCGAUACCAUUAUGGAGACUAUUGAAAUAACGGGCAAGGAAGUAAUUAUUACUGAAAUGGGAGAUUCCCAUAAGAAGGCGCCGCACAGCGAGGAGGAAGAGGAGGAGGAAGAGCCUAUGAGUGAGAUAUGGAUACACCAGGCAAUCCACACCGUGGAGUACAUUCUGAGUACCAUCUCCCAUACCGCCUCCUAUCUACGUCUCUGGGCUUUAUCCCUAGCCCACGCUGAGCUGUCCGAGGUACUGUGGACGAUGGUGCUAUCAGAGGCCUUGCAAAUGAGCGGAUACGUGGGUGUGAUUGCCGUUUUCAUCAUAUUUGCCAUUUGGGUGUUCUUCACCAUUGCCAUCAUGGUGAUGAUGGAAGGCUUGUCUGCCUUCCUGCAUACACUGCGUCUGCAUUGGGUGGAGUUCAUGAGCAAAUUCUAUACGGGAAUGGGCUAUGAGUUCCAGCCGUUGAGCUUCAUGGCCAUGCUCACUGCUGACGAGGAGGACUAGGUCAGUUUGGUGAGGUUCAUGCAACCUUUAUUGGGUCAAAGACAGCACCCAUUAAUAAAUACAGCAUACCAGAA